AUGACACCGAUCCUUCCGUCUCGACCCUUGGGGGUCGAUGAACCCGGUGAUAAUCUAGCAGUCAUUCGAGGAGAAGAGUUCCUGCUCAUCCGGCAUUUCAAUUGCCUCGGCUCUGCCUGGUGCGAGGAAUUCGCACCCACGAUGGCUUCGCUCAGGAACUGCAUGGGCAGCUUCCUGAAUUCACCCGUGCUUUGA